AUGGGCAACAAGUGCAUUCGCAAGAAGCCUGAACCCGUUGUUCAGAAAGUUGAGAAUGACAGCGAAGGAGACUCUGCCUCUGUCUCCGAAAUCUCCGAGGGGGAAAAAGAGGAGGCACAGAGGAGGCAAAGAGAGCGUCUACAGAAAAUGGCGACUGCUCGACAUGACGCACUUCGUACUCUGAAAACAUCCAAGGCCCUCAACAGGGCUGAGACUACCAGAAUGAAAAAAAUAAAGGAAGCACGGGAGCAGCUGGGUAUCAAGAGCUUUGAUGAAAGCGACGACAGCUCUGAGUCCGACGCCUAG